CUUUUGAAACUUUAUUUGAAACUGUAUACGAAAAGUUUUGUAAAACAGUUUCAAAUUGUGUUUUUUGAAACUGUUUGCUACUGUUUGAAACUGCAGAGUAAAAAAAUAGCACAUAAAGCGUCCUGAACGGUCCCAACUAUGAGCUGGCAUGACGGCACCUUUGAGCCUUCCGCAGAAGCAAUUAUAACGGUCGGCUAAAGAAGAUUUAGAAAGCUAAUAAGUCUAAUAAGCAUUUUGAAGGAAGGGAAAAGUCAAUCAAAAUGUUGAGCUCGAGGAGGAAAUUCAGCCUUUUUUGGUUAAGGACGUGAUGUUCAUAAAGAAAUUUUAGAUAGACUUAGUGCACUACGUCGUCUACAAUCAUCUUAUAACACAUUUUAAUAUGUGUUUUAAAAUAGUCGACUCAGUCCAGUCCACAUAUGAACGUAGUGAACUGGAAUCUCUCAUGUUCAUGUAUAUGAUGGCUUUUUUUGCAUCCACAAGAUUCGGAAAUCUGUAACAAGCAAUAAAGAAAAAAAAAGAAUCUUUGACAAUUUGUUUUUAUCAGGAAUAUUAGGUGGAGUUCUUUUAUUAUCAGCAUGAACUCUUGCUCAGUUCUCUCUACUUCCAUUUUUAAAUUUUCUCAUGUCAUCCAAUUACUCUACUUCUGGUCUGUCAGCAAAUUGCAAGUAUGAUGUUUUUUUGAGUUUUAGAGGCGAGGAUACACGAAAUAAUUUUAUUAGUCAUCUGUAUGCUGCUUUAAGCAGAAGAUCAAUAAGAACCUUUAUUGAUGAUGAACUUAGAAGAGGGGAUGAAAUCACAUCAGGACUUUUAGAAAAGAUUGGAGAGUCGAAAAUUUCAGUUGUCAUUUUCUCAAAAAACUAUGCAUCCUCAGGUUACUGUUUGGAUGAACUUGAAAAGAUAAUAGAAUGUCAUGAGUGCUAUGGACAAACAGUUAUACCCAUCUUUUUCCAUGUAAAUCCAUCAGAUGUAUUGGAGCCAGAUAGCGGAGUUUAUGCAGAAGCACUUUUUAGACAUGAAAAGGAUUUUGUGGAGAAGCAAGGAUGGAAGGAAUGGUGCAAAUAUUCCGUGGUUAAAGCCGUCAACUUUCUCAAGCUCUAUCCACAAGUUAAGAGAUUUGAAGGUGGUCACCAGAAAUUGAAUAAAGUGCAAAAGUGGAAACUCGCAUUAACGAGAGCUGCCAAUCUAGCUGGCCAGGAUUUGCAGAUAAUUAGGAAGGAAUCUGAUCUUGUAGAUAAAAUUGUCAAUGAUGUUUGGAAAAGAGUAAAACAAGUAUCAGCAAGUGCUUCAGAUUUAUUAGUGGGUCUAGAUUUACAAAUUGAUCGCAUCAAAGCACUAUUACUUGUUAGGUCGUCUGAUGUUCGUAUCAUUGGAAUUUGGGGAAUGGGCGGCAUAGGGAAGACAACUUUAGCCGGGGCUAUUUUUAGUCAAGUUGCAUUUCAAUUUGAAGGUUGCUGUUUUCUUUCAAAUAUUGCGAAAGAAUCAGAGAAACCCGGUGGAUUGAAUCGUCUGGGAGAGGAGCUUCUUUCGAAAGUUCUGGAGGAAAAAGACGUAAAACUGAAUACUCCUGAUAUUAAAUCCUCUCAUUUUAAGGAUAUGCUCCAUCAUAAAAGGGUUCUAAUCAUACUUGAUGAUGUGAACAGCACAGAACUAUUGGAAUAUUUUGCUGGAGAUCGUUGUUGGUUUGGUCUAGGAAGUAGAAUUAUUAUAACAAGUAGAGAUAAGCAACUGCUCAGAAGAAGUGUUGAUGUUACAUUUGAAGUUAAGGAGUUAAACCAUGAUGAUGCGCUUUGUCUUGUUUGUUGGAAUGCAUUUAAGCAAAGCAGUCCCUCGGAAGGAUUUGUGGCUCAAACACAUUUAUUAACAGGCUACGCAAGAGGUAAUUCUUUGGCUCUAAAAGUCUUGGGUUCCAUGCUAUAUGGAAAGACGAUAACAGAAUGGGAAAGUGCGUUGAAGAAAUUGAAAAAAGCUCCUCACAGAGAAAUUCAAGAUAUGUUAAAAAUUAGUUAUGAUAACUUGGAUGAUGAAGAACGGGAAAUUUUUCUUCAUAUUGCAUGUUUCUUUGAAGGUGAAGAUAGAGACCGUGUGACUCGGGUGCUGGAUGGCUGCGGCUUAUCUACGGAUAUUGGCAUAAGCACUCUUGUUGAUAAGUCCCUUAUAACUGUUCCGAAACACAAAAUACAAAUGCAUGAUUUACUACAAGAAAUGGGUAAGGAAAUCGUACGUCGAGAAUCCAAAAGACCAAGCGAGCGAAGCAGGUUAUGGAAUCAUGACGACAUUUAUAAAGUUCUCAAUGAAAAGACUGGAACUGAAGCAAUUGAAGGCAUACUCUUAGAGAUUUCUAAAGUAAGAAAGUUGGAACUAGCUCGGAAUGCCUUUACAAGGAUUUCUAAUCUUAAAUUUCUUCUAUUCCGCAUGUCUAAUAACUCUGAUGGCUCUGGAGAAGAAGGUAUGGUUCAGCUUCCUGAGGGGCUUGAGUCUCUACCCAAUGAGCUGCGGUAUCUUUACUGGCAUGGAUACCCGUUAAAGUUUUUACCCGACAAUUUCGAUCCAAUGAACCUUGUUGAGCUUAACUUGCCAUGUAGCAGACUUGAAGGGCUAUGGGAAGAAAAAAAGGUUCCCUUGUCAAUUAGCCAACUCACCAAGUUAACUUUCAUGAGCCUGAGGUACUCCAAAAACAUUCAAAGUCUUCCAACUACCAUUGAUCUGCAAUCUCUUGAGACUCUUGAUCUUUCUGGUUGCUCAAAUCUCAAGAGAUUUCCCGAGGUUUCAAAAACCUUAAGAUAUUUAUAUUUAAGUGAGACUGCAAUACAAGAAGUGCCCUGGUCAGUUCAGCACCUCAGAAAACUUGUCAUAUUGGAUAUGAAAAACUGCACUAAACUUGAGUUCAUCCCAAGCACCAUUUGUGGAUUAAAAUCUCUUGAAGUUUUUGCUCUAUCUGGCUGCAAGAAGCUAGAGACUUUCCCAGAAAUCUCAGAGACUAUGGAUUAUUUACGGCACCUUUCUUUGGAUGAUACGUCUAUGGUUAAUCUUCCGGAUAGCUUCUGCAAUUUGAAAGCUCUUAAUAUGCUUAGUUUGUCUCAUUGCUCAAAGCUUGGAAAGCUGCCGAAGAACAUCAAUUAUUUAUCCUCUAUCGUAGAGCUUAAUCUGAGUGGGAACAAUUUUGAUAUGAUGCCUGCAGGCUUUCAACAACUUUCUACGCUGACACGGCUAAAUGUGACUGGAUGCAAACAACUUGAAGCAUUAACAGAGCUUCCACUGCGAGUGAAAUAUUUAAAUGCGCGUGAUUGUAGAUCAUUGGUAUCAAUAUCUGGCAUAAAGCAACUUUUUGAGCUAGGAUUGAACAAUUCAUUGUGUGACGAAACUUUUGUUUUUACCAAUUGCUAUAAACUGGAUCAAGAUCAAUGGGGAGAUGUCAUCGCAAAUGCGCAGCUGAAAAUUCGACAAUUUGCAAUGGAAAUGAAACAUUGUGAUCAUGAAGCCUAUGAUGAAUUAUCAGUGUACUUUACAUAUCCUAGUAUUGAAAUUCCUGACUGGUUUACUCACAAGAGUAUUGGAAGUUCAGUCACAAUUCAGCAUCUACCUCCAAACUGGCUAAACCACAGGUUUAUGGGUUUUGCUGUAAGUUUGAUUGUGGGUUUUGAUGAUCAAUUAAGCUGCGAGUACCCUCGUGGAGUUAUCGCCUGUAAAUGCGAUUUCCGAAACAAUUAUGGUGGCUACAACAGUCAUAUUUUCACGUUGAACACUUGGAAAUAUUUCCCAGCCAAAUCCAAUGGUUUAAAGCAUGUGUUCAUGUGGUAUGAUUGUCGUUGGUAUGAUACCUUGGUUGCUAACAGCAGUUGGCUAAAUCAAUGUUGGUGUAAUGAAAUUUCAUUUGAAUUUUCUGCUAAAAUACUUGAUUAUACAAGCCAUGAAAAUGGUGCAAAUUGUCCUGAAGUGGAGAAGUGUGGGGUUCUUCUGCUAUACUCAAAAGAUGAGGGGUGCAACCAACAGGAAAUGCUAGUGGAAAUGACAAAGAAGAGAAGUAGCAGUUUUGGGAAAGAAGAGAGACCAUAUCUUAAAAAAAUCAAAGCUAAUUUUGAUUGACAGUCCUUCAACUUUCGUCUCUCUUCCAAUAUAGUUCCUGAACAUGACUUUGUAACUAUAUUUGCCUUGAAAUCGUGUUUUGUAUAUGCAGUAUCCCCGACGUUACUUCAGCGCCUUAUUUUAUCAAAAUUAAAUGAUAUGGAGGCUAACUAGAGUCCUAUACUAAUGACGUGGUGGGUAUAGACCAUCUAAGGAUUAUCCUGAAUAAUAUAUGACUAAUUUUGUCCACGGCUAACGUGAUGAAUAGAGUACUCUAUUUACAAA